GGGAUAUUUUUCGCGGUGCGGCGAGGAGGGUGUCCGAAUGACGGCGGGCUGCGGAGAUUAUCCCGUCUGGGCGGCGGCGUUGGCCAGGAGGUCCAGCACGCUACCGGAGCGCUUGGCGCCGCCCUCCUCGUCGACGGCGCGGAUGCGCCCCCGCGUCGACGCGCGGCUCUUCGACGAGGCGCGGCUCUUCUUCGGCGCCGGAGACCGCGGCGAUAUUUCCCCCGCGUCCGCGACCGUCGGCAGGCGCGCCCCCGCCAAAGCGUCCACGUCGCGCCGCAGGUACGUGUAGACCUGGCGCGCCGACUGGUUCGGGCCCAUGGGCUUGUUCGCGACGGCCUUCGGCAGCGUCGCGACGUCGGCGUCCGAGAGGCCCGGGUAGAGGUGGCGGAUCGAGCCGCGCGUGACGCGGCUGCCGGACGUCACCUCGAGCCAGACGGGGUCGCGCGCGUCCCGCGCGGCCACGAGCGCGUCGAGGUCCGUCUUCAAGUAGGUCGUGAGGUUCGCCGCCGCCGCGCCGCCCGACGCCGGGCGCCGCACGACCGUCGUCGCGAGCGCCGCGACCUGCGCUUCGCCGAGCUGCGGGUAGGCCAUCUUGACGUUGCGCGGCGUCAGGCGCUUGCCGCUCUCGACGUCGCGCCACAGCUCCGCGUCGGGCGACGUCGAGGGCCCCGGCGGCGACGGCGGCCGCGUCGGUGGCGACGGCGGUCGCUGAGCGCCGGGCCCGCGCGCGAUGGGCGACACCGGGGCCGGCGCCGCCCCUUGGCUCCACGACUCCGGCGCCCAGCCCGGUCUCGCGUGCGGGGCGGCGGCCUCGCGCUCGUCGGCUCGGAGCGUUCGCCGCCGCGGAGGUGGGGGGCCGAUCGCGAAGGCCGCGGGGGCGGGAUUGGCCCCGUCAGGGGUCUUGGCCUCGGCGUAGUCCGGGGGCGCGGUUGCGGCCCGGCUGGCUCGGAGGGCUUCGUUCUCGAGUCGGAGACGGGCGGACGUCGCCCGCUCCUUUUGGAGCUCUUGUGAUUGCUGAGCGAAGAGCUGGCGUAGCGCGUUGAGCUCGGCCUCCGCGGAGGUAGACAUGGCUCGUAAAGUUGAGAGAGAGUACUUAAGCGGUCACGUAAAGUUUACCCUGAGAUUUCAGAGAGCCACUAAAAAAGCGCGGCGGUGCAAGCGGCGAUGCAAGAGGCGCCGCGGCGAAAUUGCCGUCGUAUCGUGGCCCUGUCUGCUUGUCCCAAACCUCUUGGCUGCAGCGCGGAGGGGAGAGUACUCAAGCCUGAGGGGUA